CAGCACAAUAUGCUCAUAGUAUUUUUGAAAGUAUUUAAGCACGGAGUCCAGGCAGGUGUCCCGUUUGCCCAGUGUUAAAAGCAGCCCUCCACACAUCACAAUAUGCUUCACGUGUUUCACACAUGAACACAUGUUAAGAAAAGUCAUGCUAACUUAUUUCUGACUACGUUCACGUUAUCAGUGAAUAAUACCAUCAAAAUACAAUAUAGAUUUCAUAAUUUUUAUGUAUUAAUUGUUCAAUAAUUAUAUGCCAUACAUUAUUUUAUUUACAUAUCAAAAUUCAUUUUUACAAAAUGAAAACUGAACUUGCUCAGAAAGCAAGGAAAGAAAUAGCCGAUUAUAUCGCCGCUGGAAAAGUUGAGAGAGCAAAGAUACGAGUUGAACACAUCAUUAGAGAAGAUUACAUGGUCAAGGCUAUGGAAUUGUUCGAAAUGUAUUGCGAUCUCUUGGCGCAUUUCGGACUCAUUCAACAAAUGAAAAAUUUAAAUGAAGGAUUAGCAGACGCUAUUUCUACAAUAAUCUGGGUUGCUCCCAGAAUUCAGAGAAUUCAAGAAAUUAAAGUAAUUGCUGAUAUCUUAACUUCUAAAUUUGGUAAGCAAUACACAGGUGCUUGUAGAGAAAAAGCGGUAAUGUCAGAAGGCCAAGAUGCUCUUCUGAUGGAUGUUGGAGGUGAAACUAGAAAUAAUUUGGACACAGCUUCUGAUGGUAGUAUGGCACAGCCAGUUGGGUUUAUUGGAUUUCCCCAACCUUCAUUGUUACCUAAUCGUACAUCAAACUUAAUUAAUUCAAAAGAAGGACCUAUAGGAUUUGUACCUCCAUCAGGACCUCUAGAAAAUAAAGAUCAAAAUGUUCCUUAUAAUCCAACUAAUGUUUCUUAUAAUAUUCCUUUAGAUAAUUCUAAAAUUAUUUAA